AUGGGUCAUAAUUCAAAAGGUGCUAAUGAGGAUGAGGAGCAAAACACAUCGCAAUUCAAAUACAACUUCAAAACUACAUACUGUCCCUUAUUCUGCUUGGCUGAGCCUCCAGACGAGUACUUCAAUAUUCUUGCCAGGCGGCCUUUAGAUCACUCAUGGCUAAAUAUUACCUCGUCAGCUACGUCCUUAGAUCGUAUCCUUGAAGAGAUCGAGCGCAACGCCAAUGAAAUCACUUCAGAACCAGCUCCCUUACCUUUCUUAGGUUCCUCUUUCGAUGAGAUCGAUGAAUUCUACGAGGAAAAGCUUCGUCCGCCGCGACAAUACACAGGCUCGAUCAAUUUUUGCCAUUUUGUCUAUCUUUUGGUCGACCAGACUUGUCUUCGAAAAGACUGGUCGGCAUUCAAUCCAGAGGGGACAAUUAUACCUCCGAGCCUUAACCCUGAAGACUGGACUAUUUGGUUGUGUAGCGAUGCUCCUGACUAUGACGAAACGGAACGUCAAGUCACGCUCAAAAUGCUUCGUUUCCCGCUAUCUGGAGUCAUGAACCAAGUGACAGUGUGCGAGACUCUCAUUAAUACCCCAAGCGAAGCGUCGAAUUUCGCCUGGGCUGAGGUCGAAAAAGAUAGUGAGACAAAACAGAGUCCUACCGGACUCAUCAUGAGGCCGCCGCCCUUCAUGGUUUACGAGGGACUCAGCGAAGACGGGGACAGUAAAUUAUACCGUGUUGCUUCACGAUAUGAAGCGAGAAUGAAUAAACGGAGAGGCCUAAUGAUGGCCGAAGAGUGGAAGAGGCAAACGGGGGAGCCGCCGGGCUUGAGAGAACCAUUUGUCGAGGGUGGAGGCAGCAAUCCGUGGGCUGCCGACACUGAAGUAUUGGUUAGUGGUAGAGUCAUGGGAACACUUCCUGCAUGGGAUGAGGAAUAUGUUCGGAAGAAUCGAGCUGCACGUGGGGAUGUUACAGGCUGA